CCAGCUUUUACCGGUCCUUUCCAUUUGAGAUGCGCAAUCCAAGGUCUUCGAGGAAAGCAGUAGUCAGCGAUGAUGGACAGACUUCCUUGCAGCGUUGACCUUUUCUCCAUCCAGAAACAGAUCCGCGUAUGGCAGGAUCAAGGAUAUUCAUCUUUGCAGCCGCCCAGGCGACGCUGACAGGAGAAAAGGGAUGACAGCAGCCGAAUUUGUGGGGGAGCGCAGUAAGACACAGCCGCUCCGCCAUGUUGCCCAGAAAUCGUGGUACUGUCAGAACAUUGCCAGGCAGCGCGCUUGGUAAGAUCCUACGUUUUUAUAAAGACGUUAGCUGCAAGUGUAGUCGUCCCGGCACUUUCUUGAAUGGGUGUUGGAGCAUUGAGUUAUCUGGAUACGAGAGAAACAAAAACCCACCCUGCCAGACACUUUUGCAUCAGACCCUCAUCAACACACACUAGGUACAUUUCUUAGCCCAAGAACAAGUCAUCAUGAUCACCCUACGCACGGCAGUUGUCAUGCUCCCUCUGGCAUCCAUGGCCACCGCCUUGCCUCUGCAAACUCGCGAGAUUUCCAUCGCAGAUGUGACACCAGAGUCGAUGGGGCAACAGCAACUCGUCGAUGUCCCAGGGGCUCUGACCGAUACUUCCCUGCCAGUCCCGAACACUCAGCAAGUCGGAGGACAAACAGCUCCUGGGGCGAUUCAAGCUGAUCCUUCGCUUGGUCUUCCGGGCGGCAGCCCUGCGGCUCAGGCAGGCGUGGGAGCGCCGCCCGUUGUCACCCCUCUCGUCGAUGCAACGGCUCCCGUCACGGACCCGGCCGGCAUGGGUGUACCGCCUGACGUCGCUCCUCUUGUCGAUGGAACUGCUCCUGUCCCGACCCCAGCCGGCGCCGGGGAAACGCCUGGCAGCACUCCCCCUCUCAAUGCAUCCGCUCCAGCCACUGUCCCUGCCACUCCUCCCGCCGCGGACCCGGCCGGCGCCGGGGCAGCGCCGGAAAGCACCCCUCCUCUCGACGCCACUGCCCCUGCCCCUAUCCCUGCCCCUGUUGCAGACCCAGCCGGCCUCGGCGGUGCGCCUGCCGCCAACGCUACCGCCGUUGCCCCAUCUCCGGGCUCGCAGACUGUUCCGGAUGGCGCCACAGACGGCACCGACAAGCCCGAGACUAAGCCAACUCCCCCACCCACAGACAAGCCCGCCAGCCCGGAGUCUAAGCCGACAGCUGCUCCGCCUCCACCCCCGCCCGAGUCCAGCGGUGGUAUCAUGGACACCAUCAAGGGAGGAGCAAAGAAGGCCGGGAGUGUGGUGGCGGGCUUGGCGGGUAAACUAAACCCGUUCUCGUAGAAGGGCAACAGAAUCAGCUAUUCUAGGAUGAGGAUGUAAGAAAAGUCAUUCUGCUUUUUAUAUACGAACAUUCUUUUGUUCCCUUUUGUCUCUAGCUCAUACAGUUUACUGCAUUCGACGGCGUUGACGGCAAGCGCCAUGGGGUGGAUUACUUUUGUGUUUGUUUCUUUUAAAUAUACGUGUUUCCAAUAAUUUUUCGGGCCCUGUGAACUGCUCUAAAAGUUUCACAUUUGCUACCCUACUUUGUCUGCUUUUUCUGCUUGUUUUGCCGGCUCUACCAUAAUCAUCACCUAUCAGGCUGAUGGGCGCUCCUCUCCAAAUAGCAUAAGCCAAAAGAUAAGCA